AAUUAUCUUUUACACCCAAAAAAAAAAAAAAAAAAACUACUGUUUAACACUUUAACUUGCUGCCAUUUCCAGUUAUUGGUGAUGAUUCAGAUUGAGUAUUUUUAAAACUAAAAGUUCAAUUUCUACUCAAACCUGGUUGAGAAGCCUAGAAGUCUAGAACCGAAAUAUCAUUCCUAUCGAGAAACAGUUGGACACUCAUUUCAUCAAGAGCUCAACACGCACGGCACCUCCACUCCUUGACUCACUCGAUCCAACAGUGCUCCCAUCCCACGAGCAUCAACAGCGUCGUCUUGGUCCAUGAUUUCUGAGUUGCUUCCAUUACUACUUCACCAAAAAGUUGUGUAUAUCUAACCAUUCUCAACCUUUCUUCAAACCAUUAGCACAUAUUCCUUGGUGUAAACAACAAUAAAAAAAAAUGCUGGUGAAGCUCCAGCAUUUAGAUACCAGUUGCUUCCACGUACUGGAUUCUACAAGAGCCUCACCCUGCAUAGGAGUUUCACUUUCUCCACUGGACCAUGUUGAGCUGAUUACCAACAGACACAGAGAACAUAAAGUUCUUCAAUGUCCCAUUGGAGAAAUUAAAAGGUUUGAUGUGUCCCAUGAAAGAAGUGGUGGUGUUGUUCAUGAACAUGGAUUGAAGAAACCCAGUUUGGCGAAAAACCCAGAUGGGAAACAGAGAGAACGCCGUAGGGAUAGUGGUAGACUUGUGAAUAAGAGGGAUUUUGGUGUUAAAUUCAGACUGGGAGGUGGGAAUGGAUUAUUGGAGAAAGUGCACCCUAGGUGUUCGACGAAAUGGGUCUCUUAUGGUGGAUGCAUUCCUGCGAUUUUGCAGGCUUUGGAUACGGUUCAGGAUUUAGAUGAGGCUUUGAGGCCAUGGGAAGACAGGAUUGGUAACAAGGAAAGAAGCAUAAUUUUGAAGGAGCAGCUGAGUUGGGAGAGGGCUUUGGAGAUUUUUGAGUGGUUUAAAAGGAAGGGUUGUUAUGAAUUGAAUGUGAUUCACUACAACAUUAUGCUUAGGAGUCUUGGGAAAGCACGGAAAUGGAGAUUUGUGGAGAGUUUGUGGGAUGAGAUGAGUGUUAAGGGAAUUGUGCCGAUAAAUUCCACUUAUGGAACUCUGAUUGAUGUUUACAGCAAGGGUGGGCUUAAGGAAGAAGCCCUUCUUUGGCUUGAUAGAAUGAACAAACAAGGUAUGGAACCCGACGAGGUUACUAUGGGGAUUGUGGUUCAGUUGUUUAAGAAGGCAGGAGAGUUUCACAAAGCUGAAGAAUUUUUCAAGAAGUGGUCAUUUGGUGAAUCUUUGAGGCAUGAGGGUAGCACUACUACUACAGCUAUUGCUGAAGUAGGGAGUUCUCUGCAUGCUCACACUACUUUGAGCUCACAUACGUACAAUACAUUGAUCGACACAUAUGGGAAGGCUGGACAACUUAAAGAAGCAUCUGAAACUUUUGCACAGAUGCUCAAGGAAGGGAUAGCUCCAAACACAGUGACUUUCAAUACAAUGAUUCACAUUUGUGGCAAUAAUGGCCAACUAGAUGAAGUGGCUUUGCUGAUGCAGAAAAUGGAGGAGCUCCGAUGCCCACCUGACACAAGAACAUAUAAUAUUCUCAUUUCCCUCCAUGCUAAGCAUGAUAAUAUAAGCAUGGCGGCAAACUACUUUGUGAAGAUGAAGGAGGCUAGCCUCAAGCCAGACCUUGUGAGUUACCGCACCCUCUUGUAUGCAUACUCAAUAAGGCAUAUGGUUCACCAAGCUGAAGACCUACUGUUGGAGAUGGAUGGAAGUGGUCUUGAGAUUGAUGAAUACACCCAGUCAGCUCUGACUAGAAUGUAUAUAGAAGCUGAGAUGCUUGAGAAGUCAUGGUUGUGGUUCAGGAGGUUUCAUCUUUCAGGGACCAUGAGUUCUGAGUGUUAUUCUGCUAAUAUUGAUGCAUAUGGUGAGCAUGGCCACAUUUUGGAAGCUGAAAAAGUUUUCAUUUGUUGCCAAGAACAGAAGAAGCUGAGUGUCCUUCAGUUCAAUGUGAUGAUUAAAGCUUAUGGGAUAGGAAAGUGCUAUGAUAAAGCAUGUAGGUUGUUUGAUAGCAUGGAGAGUUAUAGUAUAGUUCCAGACAAAUGUAGCUAUAGUUCUCUAAUACAAAUUUUGGCUGGUGCUGACAUGCCACACAUGGCAAAACCCUAUCUGAAUAGGAUGCAGGAGGCAGGACUGGUAAGUGAUUGCAUCCCAUAUUGUGCUCUGAUAUCGAGCAUUGCAAAAUUAGGUCAGUUGGAAAUGGCAGAGGAACUAUAUAAGGAAAUGAUCAGAUUUGAUGUGCAGCCGGAUGUCAUUGUCUAUGGGGUACUGAUAAAUGCUUUUGCUGAUGUUGGGAGUGUAAAAGAAGCUAUGAGUUAUGUCGAUGCAAUGAAAAGGGCAGGUUUGCCUGGAAAUACGGUCAUAUACAACUCCUUGAUCAAGCUCUAUACCAAAGUUGGCUACUUGAAAGAAGCAGAAGAAACAUACAAAAUGCUUCAAUCAUCAAAGGAGGGUCCAGCUAUAUAUUCUUCAAAUUGUAUGAUUGAUCUUUAUAGUGAACGAUCUAUGGUUAAACAAGCAGAAGAGAUUUUUGAGAGCUUGAAGAGAAAGGGAAAUGCAAAUGAGUUUACAUUUGCAAUGAUGUUGUGCAUGUACAAGAAAAUUGGGAGGUACAAGGAAGCCGUUCAAAUUGCAAGACAGAUGAGAGAACUGGGACUUCAAACUAAUUUGUUGAGUUAUAAUAAUGUGCUUGGGUUGUAUGUGAUGGAUGGCAGAUUCAGGGAGGCAGUGAGAACCUUCAAUGAAAUGAUAGAAGCUGCUAUUCAACCUGAUGAUUGUACAUUCAAAUUACUUGGAGUUGUUUUGGUGAGGUGUGGAGUUCCAAAGCAAGCAGUUGGCAAGCUGGAAGUAGCAACAAAGAAGGAUGCUCAGAGUGGUUUGCAGGCUUGGUUGUCAACUCUCUCAUCUGUAGGUAAAGUGGAUGAUUAUGCUGACAUAUGAAUAUUUUCUUUGGAACCAGUGUUUUGAGUGUGACCUUUCUGAUUAAAGGUUGCAAGAUAAAGUUGAUCAAUGAUAUUCACAUGCUGACCUGGUUGAGAUCUUCUUAACUGUAUUUCUUGUUUGAAGCUGAAAUGAAAUGUGAAUUUGAAAAUGUCCAUGAUCCCCUGUUCAACUUCCGUAUAGCGUAAACCUGAAGGCACUAGAUGGAUCAGAGAGAAGUCCAACAAGAACAUGUACUGAGGGUCUGAGGCUGUGAGGAAAAACAUAUUGCCCUUUUUUUGCGUGUAAGAUAUGGUCUUGUAACAGUUGACUGCCUGAGCAGUGUAUGUAUACCCAACCCCAGUGUACUUAGAAUAAGGCUUUGUUGAGUUGUAUUGAACAUUUUGUAAAUCCACUUCUAUUAGAAGCCUGCAUGGCAUAGUAACUAAGAAUGCCAAUGGUAUCCUCUAAUGAUGUAACAGAAAUUUCUCCAAGUUUUAUUUGAAUGUGACACCACGUUAAUUUGGCCUGGAUA